CUCUUUCGUCCCGCCCAUCGGCAACGGGCAACCUCCCUCCCCUCCUCCACCGCCCCCGGCCGCUAAAGCCUACAGCUACUGCUCUCUACGCUCCACAGAUCGAUCUCCCGCUCGGGCGUGCGUGCGCGCGAUGGCCGCCUCCUCCUCCUCCGUGACGUCCGGUGACAACGGGCCGCCGAACGGCGGGAACGGGACCCCGCCGCCGCCGAUUCACGGGGAUUGGGCCUCCUCGAUGCAGGCGUACUACGUCGCCGUCUCCGUCGCCGGCCACCACCCAUACGCCGCGUGGCCGCCCCCGCCGCAGCACGGGCUCAUGGCGCCGGGGCCGGCGUACGGGGUGCCGGUGCCGUUCCCCAUGUACCACCACCCCGCCUACUACGCGCACGCGCCCAUGGCCGCGGGUGCGCCGUACAUGGUUGGCGAGGCCGCGUCGGCGGUGACGGUGGAAGGGAACAACAGGAAGAGGAAGACAACCCGUGUGCCUUCUGGCGACGACGCUAGUGAUGAUGACGGGAGCCAGGGGUCAUCGGCGAAGACAGCUCCCGGAGCUGAUCCUGACCAGAAGUUCGUUCAGGGCUCAUCAUCCGCGAAGAGGAGGAAGUCGCCCGGCGCUGCAAAUACAGAAGGUGAGCCAUCUCAGGCUGCCACGACCAUGAUGCACAAUGCUGUAACUGAGGCGCCAUUCAUGGGCAAGGGGAGGUCUGCAUCGAAGCUUUCUGUUUUGGCACCUGGGAGGGUGGCACGGACCAAUGCCAUACCGAACUUGAAUAUCGGGAUGGGUCAUUCAAACACUUCUUCAUCCACGAUGAUGCCAUCAGGACAGGGGGAGGUGAAUGUCGGGGCUUCUUCCCAGAGUAACGGAUCUUUGUCUCGGAUGGAUGAACGGGAAUUGAAAAGAGAGAGAAGAAAACAAGCCAAUAGAGAUUCUGCAAGGAGAUCAAGAUUACGCAAGCAGCAAGAAUGCGAGGAGCUGGCACAAAAGGUAACUGAACUGACCGCUAUCAAUGGCGUGCUCAAAUCAGAAAUUGACCAGCUUAAGAAGGAUUGCGAAGACAUGGAAGCAGAAAAUACACAGCUAAUGGAUGAAGUACUAACGCAUGAUGAUGAAAUGCUAGAGUCUGAGGACCCUAGUGUUCUUACUACUUUGAGCAUCCAGGUGGAUGUGUUGACGGCACGUCGUGGCAGGAACAGCAAGCUUCAUAAGAGCAAUAAUGAUGUCAGCAAGGGGUAGUAGUUGGAGUGCACCAGGACAAGUGGACAACCAUGCGUUAUUAUUCUUGAUAGAAAAAUUGGUAUUUAGUUCAAAUUGACUCCAAUACCAAAAGUUUACCAAGAAACACCGUUAUUCCAAACAGCCCCUUAGUGCUGUGUCCCCUUUUGGAGGAGUACAUACCUAGUUUAAAAAAUGAACUUGGGCUACCACACCUACUUUAAAUGUUCUUACGGCUUACAGGGCCCUGUUAUUUCAGUCAAGAAGUGUGGAAAAUCAAAAUAUAGUUAUUGUUGUAACAGAUAACACUCCAAUAUGAAUUGAUCAGCUAGUAGCAUUUUAUUUUUGAACUUAA